AUGGUUUCCGGGAAGAAACAGCCAGAUGUUGAUGAGGUCACCGCAUUUCUCCAAGCCAAUGCGCCGCUACAGGAACUGGUGAACUACACCCUCACACAUCGUGCUCGACUUGGGCGCCCGGUCGUCAGCUAUGACGCCUCUGCACUGGCCCUGAGCUUCCUUCCUGUCUUCGAAGACGCAGGGAAGAUGAAUGAGGCUGUAAAUGACAGCUAUUCUUACCACCACCUGCGCAGAGACCUCUACGACCGGGUCACUCAAUCUGGUUGCCAGAUUGGGGCCCGGUAUUGUGUGCCCUCGGCGCAUAUUACAAUUGCACGCUUGGUCAUUCCUGUUGGAUCUACACAUGAAGAAGAGCUAGCCGCUCUUGAAGGGAAUGUAGUCAAGCUUGUUGAGAGACUCGAGGACAUCAACCAGGAAUUGCGAUCAAAUGACUGGAAACGAUUUGGGCAUCCCUCACGAGGCGAGUGGACUGUUGGGCAAGAACAAGGCCUGGAACUUAACAAAGGCGUAGCAUGGUAUGGAACGGGAGAAAAGGUCCUGAUCGGCCAGGGAUUUCCAUAG